AUGGAUAUUGGGCCAUCGAGUUCCACCCAGAUGACCGACAUUUGUUCACGUUCUCUAUGGCAGGCGUUCCGCAACUACAGCCCACAAGAAUGCCUCAGUGAUCGCAGAUAUCAAGCUACAGAGCUCGAGACGACACGCCUCCCUUGGACGUGUCGGAAUCUUCGAGCCCACAUACAAUCCUGUGAACUGACCGUCGUGGUCCUAAAUGCCCACCGCACGACACGCGAAGUCGUCAUCAACCGAACAUACCUUCGGUCGGUGGACCUGGCCAAACUGAACACCCGAUCUUAUGCUGGCUUCUACAUAUCUAGACCAUGCAGACCUGCAGGGAACAGCCGAACCAAGCCAAUUCCACGACAACCGCCAACAUGGCAGAAGGCCUAUUACACUUCCCUCCAAUCCCAGUCCUUGUGGAUGAACACGGAUGGUCUCAUGGAUUUCGUACCCUAUAUCUACACCCAGGCAAAGUCUUCUCUUCUGAAUCGAUUCGAUUUGACAUUUCCCUCUGUCCUUGCUUCGAAGGCGCGGCCUGGUGUUUCCGUAGCCUGCCUAACCUGUAUCAACCUCGAUUUCAAAGACAAGUGGGAUCUCAUACUUACCCCCUUACAACAUAAUAUCAACAAUUCCAAACACUCAGUCCUCGGCCGUUCCCCCAACGAAGUGAUAUACGGAUUCAAACCCAAGACUCUUUUAUCAGCUCUAGAAGUACCACUGAACGACACCGACAUAGACAUCCUGAGAGAAACAUACCAGAAAGAAGCAAGAGAGGCGAUAGACUUCGCCGCAGCGGAAGCCAAAGCCAGAUAUGACAUGAAACACCACCCAAUUUCUUUCAAAAUUGGCGAGAUGAGGGUGGGACCUUUGACCAUUCUGAAGAAGGUCGACCCUCUGACAUACCAAGUCAACAUACCUUCACAUUGGAAGAUACACAAUGUCAUCUCCGUGGCACACUUAUAUCAAUGGAAGGGGAUAGUGAUAGCCAUGGAGGUGUUUGCGGUGCUUGCGAGCGGCCAAGCAAGGUCGAUAGGUACAUCCAAUGCGAGGCAUGGCCUAUAUCACUCGAAAUACGCUUGGGCCGGAACCCCCCCGUUCAAUGCGUCUUCGGGCCUGCGGAAGGAUGCUUAUGCCCACGACUCCAAGAUUUUGUUGCCGUCCCUCGCGUGGGCACAGGUACAUUCCCUCAGACAAGAAGAGACGACACAUUCCAGCUUUUGCGUCUCCCGCCGAGUGUGGCCACGGCACCACAGAAACAAGCACGAUGGGAAGCAUCAUUUCGGGCCACGCCGCAUGGCCCACGACUUGGACGAUUUUAGUAUCCAGCACCUGGCGAAGAAGCUACGCCUAUAUGGUACAUCUAGCAUGAUGACCAUUUCAAUGGCGGGAGUUGGUCGUGCUGCUGCUGUAGCCGACGUGGGGCUUCUAAAUUCUAUGGUACUGCGAAGGACUGAAAAGUAUUAUACGCGACGGGGGAACUCGGCAUAACGUUGGAAAACCACAUAUAGACCUCUGUCUAUAAAAUGGAGCCAGAGAAGAUCUAGGUCGACUGCCCUUUCAUACACUAAGGCUGGUGUAAGUCUACAGAGAUAUACCAAUGAUGGG